CCGCUGUAAAUAGAAAACCGAAAGAAAGAAAGAAAGAGGCCUGCCUACCUAAACUUCUUCAGUGCCUCCAUCCUCUCUGAAAAUUCUUUGCUUUGGCCUUUUUCUAUUUGCUCGCCCACAGGUCUUGGGUGCUGAGCGGUUUUGAUUUUUUUGAAGGGCUUUUCAGUUCUUGUUCUUGUUCAAGAGAAUUAAGAUGUUUCUUUUGGAUUGGUUUUACGGGAUUUUGGCAUCCUUGGGUUUGUACCAGAAGGAGGCCAAGAUUUUGUUUCUGGGUCUCGAUAAUGCCGGGAAGACAACCUUGCUUCAUAUGUUGAAAGAUGAGAGACUGGUGCAGCACCAACCAACCCAGUACCCUACCUCAGAGGAACUGAGUAUUGGCAAAAUCAAGUUCAAAGCGUUUGAUCUGGGAGGCCAUCAGAUUGCUAGGAGAGUCUGGAAAGACUACUACGCCAAGGUUGAUGCUGUGGUGUAUCUAGUUGAUGCUUAUGACAAGGAGCGGUUUGCUGAAUCAAAGAAGGAACUAGAUGCCCUUCUGUCGGACGAGUCAUUAGCGAAUGUCCCAUUCCUGAUUCUGGGGAACAAGAUUGACAUACCGGCGGCUGCUUCAGAGGAUGAGCUGCGGUACUACAUGGGGCUCACGGGUCUCACCACUGGUAAGGGAAAUGUUAAUCUUGCGGAGACCAAUGUUCGGCCACUCGAGGUUUUCAUGUGCAGCAUUGUGCGGAAAAUGGGAUAUGGUGAGGGGUUCAGAUGGAUGUCUCAGUACAUUAAGUAAGUAGGGGAUGGAUGGAUGAUUAUGGUGUUCGAGUCCACCAGGAAAAACUUGUUUGUCUGUUCUUGGUAGUGAAUUCCAGAGGGAGGCAGAGGUUAUGUUCCAUUUUGUGGCUGAUAUCUAUCUGUUUGUUUGUUUGUUUUCAUGUAACAAAAAGUGGGAUGAUGAAGGAAGACCUAAGUGUAGAACUGAUUGAUUGAUUGUGUGGCGUUUUGUUUAA